GUCUGAAGAAGCCAACAAAGCUUUCUCGGCGGCGGUUCAGAUGCACGAUGUGCUAGUGAAGGCCUGGGCCAUGUGGGGGGAUUACCUGGAAAACAUCUUCGUCAAGGAGCGCCAGCUGCACCUCGGGGUCUCCGCCCUCACCUGCUACCUCCACGCCUGCCGGCACCAGAACGAAAGCAAAUCCAGGAAGUAUUUAGCCAAGGUCCUUUGGCUCCUGAGUUUCGAUGACGACAAGAACACGCUGGCCGAUGCCGUGGACAAGUAUUGCAUUGGCGUCCCGCCCAUCCAGUGGCUGGCUUGGAUCCCCCAGCUCUUAACCUGCUUGGUUGGAUCAGAAGGAAAACUCCUCUUGAACCUCAUUAGCCAGGUUGGACGUGUCUACCCCCAAGCGGUUUACUUCCCCAUCCGGACCCUCUAUUUGACAUUGAAGAUAGAACAACGGGAGCGCUACAAAAGCGAUUCCGGACAGCAGCAGCCGAGUUCCGUGGGAAGCCAGUCUCAUUCUGCGUCGGACCCCGGACCGAUCCGAGCGACGGCCCCCAUGUGGCGAUGCAGCCGUAUCAUGCACAUGCAACGGGAGUUGCACCCAACGCUCCUCUCGUCUCUGGAGGGGAUUGUGGAUCAGAUGGUCUGGUUCCGAGAAAAUUGGCACGAGGAGGUGCUCCGACAACUCCAGCAAGGCCUGGCCAAGUGCUACUCGGUGGCCUUUGAGAAGAGCGGGGCUGUUUCCGAUGCCAAAAUCACACCCCACACCCUGAAUUUUGUCAAGAAGCUGGUCAGCACCUUCGGAGUGGGCCUGGAGAACGUCUCCAACGUCUCCACCAUGUUUUCCAGUGCGGCUUCCGAAUCCCUCGCCAGGAGGGCCCAGGCCACGGCUCAGGAUCCCGUCUUUCAGAAACUGAAGGGGCAAUUCACGACCGAUUUCGACUUCAGCGUGCCGGGCUCCAUGAAACUCCACAAUCUCAUUUCAAAACUGAAGAAGUGGAUCAAAAUCCUGGAGGCCAAAACCAAGCAGCUGCCCAAAUUUUUUCUCAUUGAGGAAAAAUGCCGUUUUCUUAGCAAUUUCUCUGCCCAGACAGCAGAAGUGGAAAUUCCAGGAGAAUUUCUUAUGCCCAAACCAACACACUACUACAUCAAAAUUGCCCGAUUUAUGCCCAGAGUAGAGAUAGUCCAGAAACACAACACGGCAGCCCGAAGACUCUACAUCCGAGGCCACAAUGGGAAGAUCUACCCCUACCUUGUCAUGAACGAUGCUUGCUUGACCGAGUCGCGUCGAGAGGAACGCGUCCUGCAGCUUCUCCGCCUCCUGAACCCUUGUUUAGAAAAGAGAAAAGAGACCACCAAGAGACACCUUUUCUUCACCGUUCCCCGCGUUGUGGCUGUCUCUCCCCAGAUGCGUCUUGUGGAGGACAAUCCGUCUUCUCUCUCCCUGGUGGAGAUCUACAAGCAACGUUGCGCCAAGAAAGGGAUUGAGCACGACAGCCCCAUUUCUCGCUACUACGACCGGCUGGCGACCGUCCAGGCACGAGGGACCCAGGCCAGCCAUCAGGUCCUCCGGGAUAUUCUGAAAGAAGUUCAGGGCAACAUGGUGCCACGCAGCAUGCUGAAGGAGUGGGCCCUUCACACCUUCCCCAACGCCACCGACUACUGGACCUUCCGGAAGAUGUUCACAAUCCAGCUGGCGCUGAUCGGGUUUGCGGAAUUCGUCUUCCAUUUGAACCGACUCAACCCGGAGAUGCUGCAGGUUGCUCAGGAUACAGGCAAAUUAAACGUGGCCUACUUCCGGUUUGACAUCAACGAUGCUACCGGGGAUCUGGACGCCAACCGUCCCGUCCCGUUCCGGCUCACCCCAAACAUUUCGGAAUUCCUGACCACCAUCGGGGUCUCCGGGCCCCUCACAGCAUCCAUGAUUGCCGUGGCUCGUUGUUUUGCUCAGCCAAACUUCAAGGUUGACGGCAUCCUGAAAACCGUGCUGCGCGAUGAAACCAUUGCUUGGCAUAAGAAAACCCAAGAGGACACAUCCUCUCCCCUCUCAGCAGCUGGACAGCCGGAGAACAUGGACAGCCAACAGCUGGUGUCGCUGGUUCAGAAAGCUGUGACUGCCAUCAUGACCCGGCUCCAUAACUUAGCUCAGUUCGAAGGCGGAGAGAGUAAAGUCAACACCUUGGUUGCGGCCGCUAAUAGCUUAGACAACCUGUGUCGCAUGGACCCAGCCUGGCAUCCAUGGCUGUAGAUGUGUCCUUAAGACUUGAAGGAUAGCAAAGCCAGUUGAGACAUGACGAGGUCCUUCACACCCAUCACGGAUGGUUCUUCAUCCAUCCUGGCCCUGAUGUUUCCAGCAUGAUCAUGUUUCCACGAGCAGUUAUGUUUAUAGACUUCUCAUCUCAAAGUUAGAUUCUUUCCUUAUCAUGCUGACAUCACUCCAGUCCAGUGUGUGGGGUGUG